GACACAGCAGGAGCCGAGGACUCAGCAGGAAGAGCCAGGACUUUGUCACACACAGACUGGGAGAGCAUAAAAGUUCAGUGCUUCCUUUGUUUAGGUCCCUCCUUGGAGGCACGAGCUCAAGCUGUUUCUGUGUUAUUGUACUGUUAAUAAAUUGCUUUAAGGAACCAGACUUUUGAGGCUCUGCUAAGGAAAACCCAGGCUCGAGACGGCACAUUGCUGUACCUGCUGUCCCCACUGCACAGGACUUCUCCCACCCCUGCUGAUUGGGUGUCCAGUGUUUCACCGAGCUUUAUAGCCAACUGCAACAAAAGCAUUCAGUGAUGGCACUGGGGUCUGAACGUGCAACUGUGGAUCCCUUAAGUCAGGUGGACUCCGGCAGAAUCCAGAAAUUGGCUAAUCUCAGCCAGGACUCGGGAGCGAUGUCGCAACAACUCCUUUACCGAGCUCUGGUAUCUGCAAAAUGGCUUUCAGAAGCCAUCAAGUCCCAGCAAGCUGGCCUGGCCUUGAAAAUCGUGGAUGCAUCGUGGUAUUUGCCGAAGAUGAAGCGCGAUCCAAAGCGGGAGUUUGAGGAGCGCCACAUCCCUGGUGCGGUUUUCUUCGACAUUGACCAGUGCAGUGACCGAACCUCGCCUUACGAUCACAUGCUGCCCAAGGCUAAUGACUUUGCCGAGUAUGUGGGGAAGCUGGGUGUGGGGAAUGAUUCCCAUGUUGUGGUGUAUGAUGGCAGCGACCAAGGUCUCUUCUCGGCACCUCGGGUAUGGUGGAUGUUCCGGGUCUUUGGACACGAAGCUGUCUCCCUUCUGGAUGGUGGCCUGAAGAACUGGCAGCGAGAGGGGAAUGCACUUAGCUCUGGGAAAACCCAGGUAGCUCCAUCUGAGUUCCAUGCCUCCUUGGACAAGUCCCUGGUGAAAACAUACGAGGAUGUCUUAGAUAACUUGGAUUCCCGUCGCUUCCAACUAGUGGAUGCCCGUGCUGCAGGACGGUUCCGGGGAGUAGAGCCAGAGCCCCGAGAUGGAAUUGAGCCUGGUCAUGUCCCUGGGUCGACGAGCAUCCCCUUCACUGAUUUCCUCACAGAGUCUGGCUUCGAGAAGACCCCUGAGCAGAUCCGCACUCUGUUCCAGGAGAAGAAGGUGGAUCUCUUGAAGCCAGUGGUAGCCACGUGUGGCUCUGGGGUCACUGCCUGCCAUGUGGCUCUGGGGGCCUACCUCUGUGGCAAGCCAGAUGUCGCAGUGUACGACGGGGCCUGGGUGGAAUGGUACAUGCGGGCACAGCCUGAAAAUAUUAUUUCUGAGGGAAAGGGGAAAACAGUGUAAUAAGCUGCAUUGUUUCCCAGCUGUGCACAUAGCUUGCCUUGAAACAGGAUUUGGAAAAGAUGGGUUUAGCUUUCCUGAUUAAGUGUCUUGAGAUGAAGGCAUUGGAUAACAAUCAUGCGCACACGGUGCUUCGGCACUUUCUCCUUACCCUGCUGCUGCUUAGGAGGAUGAAGAUGACAGCAGUUCUGAGCAGCCAGCUCUAGGUGACCCUGCUUGAGAAGAUAGGGUGGAACAGAUGUCCUCUCAAGGUCACUUCCAACCUCAGCCAUUCUGUGAUUCUGUGACCCUUUCACCUUAUCAGACGGAUGGCAGAGAGUGCUGCUGCCAGCAUGGGGAAUUAAUUGAGUUAAGCCAAGCUCCUGACUCAAAACAUUCAAUCAUGCUCAUUCACAGGGUGGUCAUACUUAUAUAACUGUGCCUCAUAAUCCUGGUCUCUGCUUCUGUCCCAUCCAUGCAUGUUAUGGCCACUUUGAGUGCAAAACGUUGUGGGAAGAGAUGGCUGUUAAAGGAGCAAAUACAGCAUUCAGGUUGGCACUUAGGCUAGAGACUUGAUUUGUGUUUCUUCUUGUACUUGGACUCUAAUGUGUACUUAGCCAGCCUUGUAGCCCUAUUGUCCAAAACCCCCCUUGAGAAAAAGAAAAGAUUGUGGGAUUUAAACAAUGUAAAUAAACAUGUUUCAAGGUCUUUCUGCUGAA